GAGUGAGUGAGUCAGUCAGUCAGUGUUUGAGCCGUUGGAGCGCUGUGGCCGAUGUGGGCCGUGGACAACGUGAAUCCGUCUCGAUCAUCCAAGGAGUGACCCAUCGUCGUCCAUUGGGCCAGUCAUCCGGACGUGAGUGCCGCUGAGCGCCUUGUCAUUCCUUGUUGGCCGUGUUGGAUUGAAUUGAUUGGUCCCUCCCCACCUUGAUCCGAAGGCGCCUCUCAGCAUGAGCGACGCUUGGGAUGCCGAUGAUUUUGAACCUCCGCCGGGCACGGGUGCGGCGGGCGGGGACGCGCCCAAGAUCCCCAUCGCCAAAUUAGACAAAUGGGCGGGUGAGGACGAGGACGACGACGUCAAGGACGCGUGGGACAAGUCGGAUUCGGACUCGGAUUCGGGCGAAGAAGACCCGGAUCGGCCCAAAGCUGUGCAGCGCAAGAAGAAGAAGAAAUUGGCCGAGAUCAUCGCCGAGAAAGAAGCGGCUAAAGCGGCUCAGCAGGCGGCCCGGGCGGCCGAGGAGGCGGCCAAACGCCAAUUGAACACGCCCGAGGCCAAAAUGGUCGAGAAGAUGCGACUCAAGAAAAUGGAGGAGACCUCCAAUCUCCAGCUGGCUCAGGAAAUGAUGGGACUAAAAGUGGGCAGUAUCGAUGCGAUGGUGCCGGUGGAAAAAGCCGAUUUUGAUCAACUCGACAAAGCGGUGGUGAACAAGAUCAGUAUGUACGCCGAAUCACCGCACUUCCCCGACUUUGUCGAGAACCUGAUCAAAAACAUGUGUCUGGACCUGAACGCCACCACCCUCAAGAAGAUCAAGAUGAACGUGGAAGCCUUGCACGCAGCCAAACUCAAGGACGAGCGAGCCAAGGCCAAGAAACCCAAUGCUAAAAAAGGGGGCACGAUACGAAUGGACACUGCCAAGGAUAUGUUCUCUGGUGGUGCGGACUACGACGAACUGGACGACUUCAUGUGAUAUUCUUGGUUCCUGUGCACUCACCUACCUAUCUUUGGCUUUGUUACGUCUCACAAUAAAACCAUUGUUACGGUGGGGUCUAUUAUACUA